AUGAAUUCUACAAAAAGGUUGUUCAGAAUGUUCUUUAUCUUCCUUGCCUUGCCCUUGUGCAUUUCUCUUGACACCAUUACUCCAAACCAACCCAUACGAGACGACAAAGUCGUCUUAGUAUCGAGCCGAAACGUAUUUGCACUGGGGUUUUUCAGCCCGGGCAACUCUAGCAAGCGUUACAUUGGAGUUUGGUAUAACAACGUUCCAAACAGAAGAGUUGUGUGGGUUGCAAACAGAGACAAUCCUAUCAAUGACACCAGUAGUGGCCUCCUAGCCAUUCAUGAAGAUGGAGGCCUUAACAUCUAUGGUAAGGACUCAAACAUUCCUAUUUGGUCUGCUAAUAUUACUCUAUGUUGGCCAAACAACACUAUGGCCAAGCUUUUUGAUACAGGAAAUCUUGUUUUGCUUGAUAAUAAUAAUGGUAGCCAAAGGGUUCUGUGGCAAAGUUCUGAUCAUCCCUCAGACACGAUGCUUAGACAUAUGAAACUUGGCUUGGACCGCCGGUCUGGACUAAACCGGUACUUAACAUCUUGGAAGUCCCAAGAUGACCCAGGAACCGGGAACUGUACCUAUGGUGUUAACCCUAAUGGGUUCCCACAGCUCAUUCUGUACAAGGGUACAACUCUCUUGUGGCGAUUUGCUAUCGGAUGUUUGGGUGGCCUGAAUCAUAAAAGUGUACUGAGUUAUGUGAACAAUGAGAAUGAGGUAUCAAUUAUGUAUAAUGAAGCGGAUGAGGUAACUGGGGCGGUGGUGGAAGAGUCCGGAGUCGUUCGGCGGAGCACCUGGACUGAUGAUCAAUGGACCACGCUCCGGUUUACGCCAUGGGAGCGAUGUGAUAACUAUGGUUCAUGUGGUCCGAAUAGCAACUGCAUGUCAUACAACGUUAAUAAUGACCUGGAUUGCAUGUGCCUACCUGGGUUUGAACCAAAAUCGCCAACUGACUGGAACAAGAGAGUUUGGUCCGGUGGGUGUGUGAGGAACAAGAAUGGAACAUCAUUGUGCCGAAACGGAGAAGGGUUCGUCAAGGUGGAGCUGAUCAAAAUACCAGAGUCAUCUACGGCACAAGUAGACAGGAAUGUGAGCUUGAAAGAGUGUGGACGCAAGUGUUUGAGAAAUUGUUCGUGCAUGGCAUACUCCAGUAUUGGAGAUGGGAAGGUGACUACAUGUGUUACAUGGCAUGGGGAUGAGUUGAUGGAUACAAGGACGUUGCCAAAUACUGGUCACGAUUUAUAUGUGCGAGUCGAUGCAAUAGUCUUUGCCCAGUAUGGAAAUAAGUCGAUGAAUUCAAUCAGCAAGAAAAGAAAACUGGCUAUUUUACUAGCAUCUAUUGUCCCGGUAAUUGUACUGCUAGCUUCUCUAGUCUACUGUCAGUUUGUAUGGAAGAAGAAAGAAGGUAAGCAAAGAGAGAAUAGAUGCUCACUAGACCUUGAUGAACUUAACAGAAGAAACUCAGAUUUACCAUUCUUUGAUCUAACCAUCAUAGCAGCAGCCACAAACAAUUUCUCUGGUGAGAACAAGCUAGGGACUGGCGGUUUUGGCUCGGUGUAUAAGUUACUAAUUGCUUUGGGUGUUCUUUGUAAUGGAAAAGAAAUAGCAGUGAAAAGACUAUCAAACAAUUCAGGCCAAGGAACUGAAGAGUUUAAGAGUGAAGUGAUGCUGACUGCAAAACUCCAACAUAGAAACCUCGUCAGGAUUUUAGGUUCUUGUGUUCAAGAAGGAGAGAAGAUGAUAAUUUACGAAUACUUGCCAAACAAGAGUUUGGACCGUUUCAUUUUUAAUGAAUCCAGCCGAGCACAUUUAGAUUGGACAAAACGCUUUGAGAUAAUUUGCGGAGUUGCUAAGGGGAUGUUAUAUCUUCACGAAGAUUCAAGAUUAAGAAUCAUCCAUAGAGACCUAAAAGCCAGUAAUGUGCUACUGGAUGCUUCUAUGAAUCCCAAAAUUGCAGAUUUUGGUUUGGCUAGAAUACUUGGGGGGGAUGAGAAGGAAGCAAAUACAAAGCGAGUGAUUGGAACAUAUGGUUAUAUGUCACCAGAGUAUGCAAUGCGAGGACUGUUUUCAGUAAAGUCAGAUAUAUAUAGCUAUGGAGUUUUAGUACUAGAAAUCAUUACUGGAAUAAAGAAUACCAGUUACUACCCCAGAUCAAGUUUGGUUGAACAGGUGUGGAAUUUGUGGGAAGAAGGAAAUGAACUGGAAGUCGUUGAUUCUUCUCUUGGUGAAUCAUACCAUGUUGACGAAGUUCUGAGAUGCAUCAAGAUUGCUUUCUUGUGCGUGAAAGAGUAUGCCGCUGACCGGCCAAACAUGUCAGCAGUUCUUCUCAUGCUGGGUAGUAAUGCAGAUCUUCCUGAUCCAAUACGACCUGCAUUUUCAUUGGAGAGAAGUAACAACACUGAAGACUCGAGUGCUAAUGUAAACGAAUAUACUACACUAGAAGCUCGCUAAUCAAAGGUGUCUAUAAUCUUAUAUCAUGUAUGUCAAACCAUAGUAAUAUACCAGUAACUCAGUAAGAAUGCCUAGAGCUGCCUUCUGAUUCUGGCUUUGUAGCAACUCUUAAUAUGCUUGAGAGCUCAUAUUCAUUAUCACCCUUCAAUUAACUUCCUUGUUUCCUUUUUCUUUUGUUGGUAUGCUUGAAACAAGACCAUCUGGGAGAGAAGUCGAGGUAAUGGCAGAAGCAAAACGUACUAGCCGUUAGUGAGUUUCUAAACUGGGAGAUCAAUGAAAUUGAGGAAGCACCCAAAAGUUUCACAGCUCGAGUCUUUUAUGCUACCAAGUAAAAGAAUGAUGAGAUUAUAAGAAAUAUACUUUAUUUGUUUUGACAAAUCAAUCAUGAAUCAAUAAGCAACGCUGAGCAACGCUAUGCGGCCUGGUAUUUUCCACAGGCCUGUAUGAGUUUCUUUGACAAUGUAACACUGACCACGACAAAAAA